AUGUGGAUUUAUUUAUUAAUAUGGUGGAAAGAUAAUUUUGGAACUGUGGCACCUGAAUCGACAAAAGUUGCGGUAAGAGUUCUUUCUAUUCCUACCCCAUCAACUGCAAUAAGUAAAGUUACAAAUGUAGGUGAAGAUAUUGAUGAUAGUGAUGAUGACAAUAAUGAUGAUACUGUUGAUGAUAGUGAUGACAAUGUUGAUAAUGUUGAUAAUAGUGAUAUUAACAGUGACGAUGGAAAUGGAUUAUCUGUAAACAUUUAA